AUCACUGGAGGACACGAAACGAACUUGUAACUUUAGAUUCUCCCUCUCUCUCUCUCUCUCUCUCUCUCUCUCUGCAGGAGCUCCUCGGUAAUGGGCAGGGCUACUAGGUGGCUGAGGAGCCUUCUUGGGAGGAAGAAGGAUCCGAAGGUCCACAAGGACAAUGCCAGCACCAAUGGCUACGAAAUGAAAGAUAGGAUGCGGUGGAGCUUUGCCAGACCACGGCAAGCGGAAAGCAUGUGUAGCAGUCCCGUGUCAGCGACGGAGGCGGCGUGGUUGAGGUCGUUCUACGACGACACCGAGGAGGAGAGCAAGCACGCCAUGGCGGUGGCGGUAGCCACUGCAGCAGCUGCCAAUGUGGCCGCGACGGCAGCUCAGGCGGCGAUGGUGCGGCUGAAAGGCCUGGGCAGAGAAGGAGCAACGCCCUGUAGCAGCUACCAGUGGUGGGCUGUUGUCAAGAUCCAGACUGCCUUCAGAUGCCACUUGGCAAAGAAAGCUCUUCGAGCACUCAAAGGCUUGGUGAAGCUGCAGGCUCUGGUAAGAGGCUGCCUCGUGAGAAAGCAAGCAGCCAUAACCCUCCGCAGACUACAAGCUCUCGUAAGAGCUCAAGCUGUUGUUAGGCCUCGAGAAGCUCGUGUUCUUCCCCACCAAAGUCGAAGAUUCGAUGCAGAAUUCUGCCAUCGGACAUCCUUUGGAAGGUUCGAUAACAGAGGCGAUAGGUGCAGGCACAUCGGAUUAGAACAGAGCAAUGACUUGGAUGCAAGUCCAAAGAUCCUGGAGAUGGACACUUUCCAACUCAGGUCCAAGUCGUUCCGGAGAACAAGUUCUAACUUCGACGAAUCUAUGGUACCAAUUUCCUCUCCACUCCCAUUCAAGGUUCCAUCUCGACUCUCCAUUUCCAGCUGCCGAAACCCUGACAAAUCCCCCAACUCCAAGACGGCACAAAACACUCCUCGCCUCAGGCCAGAAACGCCGGCGAGGAGCACGACCGCCGAUAUGGUUCGACGGCAAACCCCGAGCCCCUCAAGCUGUCCAAACUACAUGGCAAACACGUCGUCCUUUGCGGCGAAGGUGAGGCCACAAAGCACGCCAAAGCAGAGGCCGGAGAAGGCCGCCAGCCCGAGGAAGAAGAAGGUCCUCGCAAGCGAGACCGAGUCGAGGACUAGGUCUCCCUUACGAGCACAUAAUGCGUAUAACCUCUACAAUGGAACGGUUGGGAAGCUUGAUAGGUCUGCUAAGUCAUUGAGGAAAGCAGCCAGGGAUCACUACAUAGAUUGCAUGUGGUGAAUCAGUGGUAGAAACAGAGCAGCUGCUUCAUGAGAGCUUCUCUUAGAAAUGUAAAUGAGGAUCCAAGACCAGACAGAAUCUGUGUUCCCUAAACUCUUCCUUACCAGUAAAUUGUGACAAAGUAGA